AUGGAUGCCGUCAUCCAGAGAGUUGGACUUGUUGGCCGUCAUGACUACCGAACGGGAUCAAAUACCGUUGUUCGAUUGCAGCCUGAUUCCAGCACGGGAACAAUCCGUGCUGAGGAAGAAUUCUUUACCGAUGCGUUCUUCAAACAUCGGUGGUACAAUGGCAGCCGUGUGCGAGAUGCCAAAGCUUUGGUGCAGGGAUGGAAUGCCCUCUUCCACAACAUCGAGUGUAUUGGCCGUGAGGCCUGGCUCGCCAAGCUUGAUGCAGCUCGCAUCAGGUUUGAGAAACGCAACCCCGUCGGGGCUCGAUCUAAGUUGCACCGGCUUUCAAGAGAGGCAGGAUUAUCCUGUCUCUCGCUGGGCGAUCCAUGUCUUGGGUGCCUGGACAACUCGAACUGUGCCCAUAGGGAGGCCUUCCUCCCUAAUGAUCCCUACUGGAGGGCGCGCAUCUCUUUCGAGAUGGCCGAAGGUAUGACACCUUGCAAUCCCUGCACUCGCGUUCGAGGAGGUCGUUUUCCGACGUCCCUUCUUCGAACGCAGCGGGUGGGUCUUGUCACAUUGCUCGACGAGACUAAGGACAUCAACAAUCAGCUGGGCACGAUGCUCUUAUCUGUCCCACGCCGGUCGAUAGCCACGCCAGCGGACGAGGUAACUCGUCCGGACUCCAUUCACAUCGCGGUGGUUCAAAAUACGCUUUAA